CCACUCGGCCGAGUCAGUUCAAUCGGCAGCUCCGUGAGGCAUGGGUCGUCUCCUGCUGUGUUCAACGGCGCUCCUUUGCUUACUGGUGGCGACGGCGAAAUCCGAGGGCGGGGACGCCCUGAAACAAUUCGAGUGCAAGAACGGGAUGAAAGUGCAGAUGGUAUGGAAAUGCGACGGGGAUAACGACUGCGGUGACAAUUCCGACGAGACGGACCCCGAAUGUUUGGAACCGCCGGAGAAAUGCCCGGUCGGCGAGUUUCGGUGCGACUGGAAGGUCUGUUUGCCGGAAAGCAUGAUGUGCGACGGCGAACGGGACUGCUUGGACGGCUGGGACGAGAGACCCAGCCACUGCAAGCCCAAAGGGUGCGAAGAAAGACAGUUCGAAUGCGGGAACGGUGGCUGCAUCCCGUGGACGUGGGUGUGCGACGGCUCCGACCAGUGCAGCGACGGCUCGGACGAGAGAAACUGCAGCAAAUGCUCGAUCGACGAACAUAAGUGCCGUAACGGGGCCUGCAUACAGAAAAAUUGGAUUUGCGACGGCGACGACGAUUGCGGGGACGGCUCGGACGAGAAGGAAUGCUCUGUGGUACCGUGCGACCUGACGAAGGACUUUCUGUGCGGUGACAAAUGCUGGCCUCUCACGUUCAAAUGUGACGGGGAUAACGACUGUAUAGACAGAUCGGACGAAGAGGGUUGCGAUGUGUGCCAAGAGAACGAGUUUCUUUGCGCGGACAAGACUACUUGCAUUCACAAAGCUUGGGUUUGCGACGCGAACAUCGACUGCCCCGACGCUGACGACGAGAGCUUCGAGAUGUGCAGAAACAGCACGUGCUCGAAGGGCCGGUUCCAGUGUCGCGGCCACCCCUCGAUUUGCGUUUCGCCCGGUUCCCUGUGCGACGGUAAGAAAGACUGCCCCGACGGUUCGGACGAAGAGAGUUGCCACAAUUCCGUGGGACGGUGCGGCGAGGAGGAAAUGGAAUGCGAUGGACGCUGUGUCCACAAGUCGAAGCAAUGCGAUGGGUUCAAAGACUGUCAGAACGGCGAAGACGAGCCGGUUGACAAAUGCCACGUGAACGAAUGUCUGCACAAAAACGGCGGCUGCCAGCACAAAUGUGUCGACUUGGCCAUCGGCCGCGCCUGUCAGUGUUACGACGGAUUUCGGCUUUACAACGAGUCUGCGUGUGUUGACAUUAACGAGUGCGAAGUGUACGGCACCUGCUCGCACAAAUGCCACAACGAAGAGGGCACCUACUCGUGCUCCUGCGAUGAAGGAUAUGCCGUGUCACGAGUUGACAGGAGGCGGUGCGAAGCGACUGUACCGGGUGCUAAAAUCAUCUUCUCGAGAAAUACUGGCAUACUUACAACGAACCUGGACGGAUCGGACACCAAAGUUGUCAUAGGAGAUACCGAACGUGCCAGAGGGAUGGAUUACGACUAUAAAACGGGUUAUUUAUUCUACACUGAUCAUAUCAAAGGUAAACAGCAUUUAUUCCGUUCCCAUAUGAACGACGGGAAGAUCCGUUUUAUGAUUGUGAAGAACAUAAAUUCUUCUGAUAAUCUAGCCGUGGAUUGGAUUUACGAUCAUAUCUAUUGGACAGAUACAGGCAAGCUUUCUGUCGAAGUGGCCAAUUUUGACGGGACCAUGAGAAAAACUUUAAUUAAUGAUGGGCUGGAUCAACCUAGAGCCCUGGCGGUAGACCCUAUGGAAGGCUACAUCUUUUGGAGUGACUGGGGUAUGAACGCCAAAAUAGAGAGGGCGGAUAUGGACGGUACACAAAGGAAGGCACUAGUCGUCAAGGAUAUAAAAUGGCCCAACGGUAUCUCUUUAGAUCUACGUACAAAAAGAUUGUAUUGGGGCGAUGCUAAAUUGAACGUAAUCGAAUCUGUCAGAUACGAUGGAUCUGCACGUAAAGAAGUGAAACAAUCACCUGAGUAUCUUCACCAUCUUUAUUCACUUACCAUUUUUGAGGACUGGAUUUAUUGGACCGACUGGGAGACUUUGUCGAUUUACAAAGCGGACAAAUUUGACGGUGGGAAUAUGACCAAUGUGAUGCCCAACAAGGCAUUACACGAUCCGAUCACAGUGCAUAUAAUUCAUCCCUACCGCCAGCCUCGGCAUGAGAACCGCUGUGCCGAUUCUCAGUGCUCACAUUUAUGCUUUCCAAAACCCAGAUCAGCCCUGGGAGAAUCUGUGAGCUGUGCUUGUCCCGAUGGGCUGCAACUUCUUCCAAACAAGAAACUCUGUGGACUGAUUAUGCCGUCUACUUCUGAAGCUACACCGGUCACUACCAUCACUCCAAAAUCUCCUUCGGACACCAUAGUCAUCGAUUUUGAACCAAAUAUGGAGACAACGAGGGAGAUGGACUACGCCAUUUUGACUAUCAUUGUUGCUUCAGGUGUAUCUCUUCUCAUCCUUUUCAUCGCGUUCUUCUCACUAGUCCUUUAUAAGCUUUACCUUAACGGAAACAUUAAGAUCAUGAACUUUGACAACCCUAUGUAUAAAAAGACUGCAACAUCACCUUACAACAUCGAAGCUCAACUCAGUUACCCUUCGACUCCUAGCGAAGAAGCGAGACAUCCUCUUACAAGUACUCUCACAAUGGAGUCUACUGUCUACCAGUAAUAUUUCCUUUAAUGUUUUAAGCACACGAAGGUUAAUGUUUCCUAAGGUGGCUUUCACCCGACUGAAAAAUCCGUCCAAUGAGUCCUUUCCUUAGAUAAUUUCAUUAGUAUUUUUGUCAUUAGCUGUCAAAAACUUUUAUUUAUUUGUUUUUAGUUUUAAU